AUGAAGCUCCUUGCGUCCGCCAUCUCCCUCCUCGCCGCCGCCGUGUCGGUUGUGCAGGCCGUCAGUGUGUCUGGGCCAAGGCUUUUGGCCGUUGUCGACGACCUCGCCGACAAGGACACCUACUCAACCUUCCUUGGCGAUCUUGAAGGUCGUGGUUUCAGCAUCUCCUACGAGACGGCGAAGAGCAGCACUGUCUCGCUCUUUCGCCUCGGCGAGCGUGCCUAUGACCAUGUCAUCUUCUUCCCGACAAAGGCAAAGGGCCUUGGCCCCAACUUGACCCCUCAGCUGCUUGUCCAGUUCCUCAACGCCGAGGGCAACGUCCUCGUGGCCCUCUCCAGCGCCAACGCCGCCUCCUCGUCUAUCGUGUCCCUCCUGAGCGAGCUCGACAUAUCCCUCCCCUCUGACCGCACCGGCCUCGUCGUCGACCACGUCAACUACGACUCCCUCGCGGCCGCUGACCACCACGACGUCCUCCUUCUACCUGUCCCAGCCGCGCGCUCAGGCGUCAAGUCGCUCUUCGACACCCCCGCGUCCGCCAGUGGCGAGCAGCUGCUCGCCUUCCCUCGCGGCGUCGGCCACGUCCUGGGCGACAGCCCCUACCUCGCGCCGAUCGUGUCCGCCCCGCGCACUGCCUACAGCUACAACCCCCAGGAGCAGGCCGAUGCCGUGUCUGGCGGCCCCGACAGCGAGCUCUUCGCGUCCGGUGCCCAGCUGAAGCUCGUGUCCGGCCUGCAGGCGCGCAACUCGGCGCGCUUUGCGCUGCUGGGCUCGGCCGAGCUGCUGUCAAACGCCUGGUUCGACGCCAAGGUCAAGCUGCCGGCCGCUGGCGCCAAGACCGUCCCCACCUACAACCGCGAGUUUGCCCGUCGCCUCGCCGGCUGGACCUUCCAGGAGACGGGUGUGCUGCGGGUCAACUGGAUCGAGCACCGCCUCAACGAGCACGGCGCCAGCAACGCGUCCAAUCCAGAGAUCUACCGCGUCAAGAACGAUGUCGCCUACGCCAUCUCUGUCUCGGAGCACGCCUGGGACACGUGGACGCCCUUUACGGUGCCUGCCGGCGACGAGCUGCAGAUUGAGUUCUCCAUGCUGUCGCCCUUCCACCGCCUGCCCCUGCACGUCGUCCCCGCGCAGGCGACCGACGACGCCACUGUCUACGCCGCGCACUUCACGCUGCCCGACCAGCACGGCAUCUUCAACUUUUUGGUCGACUACAAGCGCCCCUUUUUGACCUACCUCGACGAGAAGAUCACCGUGUCUGUCCGGCACAUGGCCCACGACGAGUGGCCACGCUCGUACGUCAUCUCCGGCGCCUGGCCCUGGAUCACCGGCAUAGGCGCCACCGUGACCGGCUGGCUGGCCUUUUGCGCUCUGUGGAUGUACUCCAAGCCCACCGGCCAGGUGGCUGUGGGCAAGAAGACGCAGUAA